CUGGAUUUAAACCAUUUCGCAAAUAUUGAAAUGAGAAGAAUACUACACGAUUUGAAGCCAUCCUACGAGCACUCGAAGUCUUACGUAGAGUUCUCCCUACCAAGCUCGCAGCAUGAUCUUCCAUGCAUUUACCAGACGGGUGACCAGAUAAAAGGCGACAUAUUUUUCAAACCAUGUCGAGAUAUAAUAUUGAGGAAUGUAUGCAUUACUUUCGAAGGAAUCACUAAAGCAACGAUCUGGGAACCGAAUAUCGAGACACGAACAGGCUGUCCUUGCACCACUCAGAGAUUCAUGCGACUUAACCAGCCCGUUGACGAGCCGUUGUUGUCGGAAGGGAUGGUGUUAGAACCAGGAAGAACAUACCGACUACCGUUCUUGUUCGUGGUUCCUUCAGGGCUACUGCCGCAAGCGUGUCAGCAUCCGUGCGAACACACUGAAAUAAAGUGCCAUCAUCUAAAUCUACCGCCAAGUCUUGGCCUGGGAUUCUAUCCCAAUCCCAAGGGAAAAAAUCGCUUCUCGUCCAGCCUAGAGCCUGAUACGGCAUCAAUUGCCUAUGCCAUUCGAUUUACAGCCAUCGAAGUCAAGCGAGAGACGAACCUACCAAUCACCUCCGUCGACAGAGCACACAAGAUCCAUGUCCUUCCAAAAUUGCCUGAGAUGCCGCCCAUACUUAUCCCUGGCGACAACACAACCUAUCAACUGUCGAAAGUGAUUGCCGUCAAACAGCUCAACAGGGAGAAAUUGGGCCGUCUCACUGCGACGGCAAGCCAGCCGAAAGCUAUUCAGCUCGGCCAAAUCCACUCUCGGCCCAUGCAACCCACGCCAACAAUGCUGGCUAUCAAUUUUGAGUUUCUUUCUGUAAAUCACAAUCGGUCUCCGCCAAAACCAAAGAAAAUCCAAAGCAAGCUGAAUGCCGUAACUCAUUUCGGCAUUGAGCCGUAUGAAGAUCUGCCCGACCGAAUUCAGCAGAGAUAUUUGUAUCCUCGUCAUCGUUCAUUUUGCCGAAAUAUUACACUUUCAUCCCCGGAUAUCAUAUCGGUGCAUUGGGUAAAGCAGUGUUCAGAAAUGGACGGAACUGCUUCCGGCGAGAAUAAAAACGUUGUAUAUACAGCAUCUAUCUCCUUGCCGAUCGUACUACCCGAGAAUGUGGUAUAUACCCCAACCUUCUUCUCCUGCCUGGUAUCCAGAACGUACUCGCUAAGGGUCGAUGCCUUCUUUAACAAAGUGCCAUUUAUGUCGAAAGUCUCAUUGACGAUACCCAUCCAAAUCUGCUCGGAUAUUGCCUCAGAGCAGAAUUGAGACACAUAAACUUGUUAGUA